GUUCCGCUUGACAAGACAUCGAUGUAUAUAGGCGUAUGCGAGAGCAAACCGGACGUCUUUCGUUCUUUGCCACGCGGUAAAACAACUCUCGAGAAAUACGGAGUAAUCGCAGAUUGAAAUUCGGAGUAGUGUGUAGAAUCGUGCGACAAUAUUGGAGCCUUGAGAGCUCAGAUCGGCCCCUGUGAAAAAUUGGAGUAUCUGGCGAAGGGAGAAAGAACGUGGUGCCAUAAGUCGUUUACAGUUCAUUUCCGCUAUUUGUUACAAGGACUCGCGGAAUCUGUACGCGAGACGAUACGAGGAAUUUUCACGCCAACAGCUUGGCCAGCCUGACUUUUUCGCGGCAACGACUUCAGUUGGUCGGAAGUUGGAGCUUCUCUGAGCCACUCGCAACGAGAUAUUUAGAGAGAGAAAAAACCACGUCGUAGUAUCAUUGUUCGAGAUCUUUAAACGUUGAAACGACCUAGUACAUACAAUGAGUAAAGUGAAGGAUUCUCCUCCGACAGAUGAAGCAGAAGAAGAAUUCAGUGUGGAGAAAGUUUUGGACAGAAGAAUUGUGAAGGGAAAAGUAGAAUAUUACUUAAAAUGGAAAGGAUAUUCUAACGACGAGAAUACAUGGGAACCAGAAGAAAAUUUAGAUUGCCCAGAUCUGAUUGCUCAGUUUGAAGAACAACGGAGGAAGAAGGACGGAAGUGCAUCUGGGAAACGUCAUGAAGAGAAAGAACAAAAGAAACGAAAAAGCAAUAAUACACCGACGCCCACUCAGGCUAAGAAAAAAGCAGCAGUGGAAGAAAAAAAGCUGGAAGGUAAAGGAUUUGAUAGAAAUCUGGAACCCGAACGUAUUAUCGGAGCAACGGAUUCCAGCGGUGAACUGAUGUUCUUAAUGAAAUGGAAAGGAACGGACGAUGCGGAUCUGGUACCUGCACGCAUUGCUAACGAAAAGUGCCCACAGAUCGUGAUCAAAUUUUAUGAGGAACGACUCACGUGGCAUAGCCCAGCUCAUGAUGACGAAAACUCGACGAAACCUGACCCGGAGUAGCGUUCAGCGUUUUUUCACGAUUUAUUUUUAUCAUUGCAAAGUAUUCCCCUGUAACAAUUAUCCUAGGUUAUUUACGAAUUUUCUAACUUUUGUAGGUGAAAAAUAAAUAUAUCAAAGAUUUUUCGAACCACAUUAAUAUAGAAUGGUAUAAUGUAGGAGGAAUUGAAGAAAGUUCAAAGAUUAAAAAAAAAGAAAAUACGUACAUUAUCACCACUUAAUAAUAUGUCUAUUUUCGAAAUGUGGAACGUUUUCAAAUAAUUAUAUAAUUUUCACCGAUACAUCUUAAAAUGUAUUACUCUUUCAUAGAUAAUAUCUUUCACAUCUUUCAGUA